AUGGUACUCUCACUCAUCACCCUGGCGGCUACGGUGCCGCUCCUUGCGACAUCAACCAUGCAAUUAUCGGAUCAAGCAGAGAAGAAGUCUAAAGAGGGACAUCAGGAGAUCAAGACCCGAAAAUGCCAUUUGGCCAUCAGAGCCUCAGCAAGAAUGAGCGAGAGAAGAAAGCAGCAAUUAGCGGACAAGAUGGUGGUCUUGAAGGACGGCCGCCUCGUCCUUGACGACCAGUGUUCCGCGAAUCAUCAUCCUUUCACGGGGUAUUUUUUGCCGUUUCCUGAAAAGGAGUGGGAUGGCCUGGUUACAACUAUCAACCAGGAGAAUUUUCUGAACUGGGUGUACAUCGACUCAUCCACACUCCAGGCAAAACAUGGAAUACGCGCUGAGGCACAGUCGCAGCUCACGGGACCCAUGGAUCUCAGGCUGUGCAAGAACGGCGAACAACGUCUGACCUUCGAAGGCUGGGAAGGAUUCGUGGUGGUCAAGGAAGCUCCAGGAUUGUGGGCUUUGUAUUUCGACAAGACGGAUAAUGGCCUUCGCGACAAAGCUCACGGUCGUGCUGUUGUCGAAGUCGAGCUGAUUCGUAUGGAGCUUGAUGACUACCAUCCGAAGGAGACUCGACACGAUGCAGAUGACCACUAAUUAUACAGACGGCUUGGAUGUCGAUUUGCGUGGGGGCUUGAAGAGCGUUCGACUUACAAUUGCUUUCUUCGGCUUUCCAGCAGAUGCACUCACGAGCUUCCGAUACUCAGUGGAAGAUUGCAGACGCUCAACGACUCUCCAGGCGGGGAACUCAUGACUGGCUUCACCCAAGCGAG